AUGAACGAAGUCGAUAAAAUGCUUUGUUUGGUAUGUAUACCUAUUCAAAAGCAUUUAAAGGCAGAAAAAUGGAAAAAAGAAACAUUCUGUUUCCUCACUAAGACUAAUUUGUUCAGGUUUUCUACGACGUGUUUAUGAUCUGAAAAAUAAUUCGUCGUUAAGGUUGGAUUUUGAUAUGCAGCAUUCACACAAAGCUUAGAAACAAUGACAAAUUUCCAAGGGGAAAUGCUACUACAACUAUACGCAUACAAAAGAUAUUGUGAAAAUCAUUCAACAGAAGUAUUUAUCCCAGUUGACAGAAUUUAUGGAAUGAGUACAAAGUAACAAAGAGUGUAUUAUUUUUUUGUUGUUGCAGGAUUAGUACUUCAUGCAUUUCCCCCAAUUCCGGGUGUGGAAAUUAGUGACGAUAUGGCUAGGGAGAUAAACAACACAAUAAAUCUUAAAUGCAGCGAAAGUCUGAGGGAAUCGAAGAAGCCUCAGAAACAUUUGAAGCAAACAACCUCCGACAAUAACACAUCUCAAUAAUUUCCUGAUGGGCCUGUUUUUGUUUUCGGCGAACUGAUAUUAAGUGGUUUUAAGCCGUUCAGUAUUGCAAAGGACGAACAAAGCAAAAGGCUACACUAAAGAGCUUUCUAUAAGAUGAAGGGAAUGUUGGAACUGUAUGUACACUUUGUUUUUUGAAAAGUAGUAUCCAAAGUUCACGUUUUUAAAAGAUUCAAAUCUUUUAGUAAUCCUCCCUCAACACUUUAGUCAGUGCGUGGCAAAGCAAACAAACAUCAGCGGGGGAAUCUUUGUAGCUUGUUAUUAAUAAUAACAUUUUGUAUCAUGUUAGAAAGCCACUAUUGCGAAAGUGAAGCAUGCAUGUUGAAAUACUUCAAUGCUCACAUUCAUUCUUCUGAUGCUGAUGUUCGAGUCAAAGCCAGAGCAGAGUAUUUAAAGGCUCAACUGUUGACACAGCUCAUGUGGUCAAGCAGUACUGCUAAGCAGUAUUUAAGGUAUAACGAGACAUUAAAUGUCACUUUGCCAAAGAAGUACGAGAAAGGGACACUCGUGCACAUUUCAGACAAUCUCUUUGAGUGCAUCCUUNUCUAUAAGAUGAAGGGAAUGUUGGAACUGUAUGUACACUUUGUUUUUUGAAAAGUAGUAUCCAAAGUUCACGUUUUUAAAAGAUUCAAAUCUUUUAGUAAUCCUCCCUCAACACUUUAGUCAGUGCGUGGCAAAGCAAACAAACAUCAGCGGGGGAAUCUUUGUAGCUUGUUAUUAAUAAUAACAUUUUGUAUCAUGUUAGAAAGCCACUAUUGCGAAAGUGAAGCAUGCAUGUUGAAAUACUUCAAUGCUCACAUUCAUUCUUCUGAUGCUGAUGUUCGAGUCAAAGCCAGAGCAGAGUAUUUAAAGGCUCAACUGUUGACACAGCUCAUGUGGUCAAGCAGUACUGCUAAGCAGUAUUUAAGGUAUAACGAGACAUUAAAUGUCACUUUGCCAAAGAAGUACGAGAAAGGGACACUCGUGCACAUUUCAGACAAUCUCUUUGAGUGCAUCCUUGACUUAUAGCAACAGAGAGUUAAUCUCUUUAACAGCAAAAUGAUGGCCGUGCAUCAAGAAAACCUAGUUGAAAAUGGACUGGCGACUAUUUUUGCAAAUAGCCAGCUCUUGGAAAAGUGGAAAGUAAUGUUUUCUGCCACUGACUGUUUAGGUCCUGCAGCUGAUGUAGAUAACCUGGUGGUUAAACUAUUUAAGGACGUUGUUACUCGUUAUGUGAAGAUGGGAAUUGGAGAGUUCAUGCGUGACUUUCGUAGAGACUUUCAACUUCACAAGACUGAAGCACACCACAAGAAGGUGGCUGAAAGAAAGAAGAAAGAUUUAGUUUCAAGUAAGGUGACAAUAGCAUCCAUCAAGGAAGACUCUUCAGCCAGCAAGCAGACUUCCCAUCAACGUCUGCAAGCAAUGCUGGUGCAGCAAGAAAAAAUUUUCCAAAGCACAGUUUACACAAAGAGUGAGGUGGAAAUGAUAUGCAAGGCAUAUGGUGUUUCUUUUAGGCAGUCUGACACUAAGGCAAAACUGUCAGAAAAACUUGUGGAAAAAAUUCAAGCGUCAGAACAUAUACUGCAUCCAGAUACCUUGGAUGACUCAGCACAGGGACAUCAACCAGGACCCUCUGCAAGAGCUGCAACUGCCAGGAACCCAACCCACAAGGGUAUCCUUCAACAACCUUACAAGGUGUAUGAAACUGUUUAUUACAGUUACCAGUAAACGUCUUAAAAUAAUCUUGUUUAAGAAGCUUGUAUAGUCAAAGUACACGGAAUAAUAAUUGUCCUGGUUGUUACUGAAUUGAAUCGCUCUCUGAUUUUUUGUCAUACACAGGUGAACAGAGAAAACAGUGGCCAACAGUAGUUUUGUGGUAAAGGCAUUGAAGCUUUUUUCCUAUAGUUUUCUUUUCUGGCACAGUUCUAUAAAACCCUAAAGUGGCUCUUUUCAGACUGUUAGAUUAUCCCUCUAAUUUUCUUCUUUUUUUUUUUUUUUAAAAAAAGUGUUUUGAAUUGGAAAUUACCAUUGGCUAACAGUGGCUUUGUUUUAAAUCAACUACUAGUAAAUAAUAUUACUGUUGUUGAUGUUGUGUUGAAGGGACAAGUUGACAACAGAUUAGUAGUUGGUAACUUAUGACCACAUUCCAUACAUCCCUUCAAUUAAGUAUUUGCAAACCUCUUCACUGAUUAUUGUGUUUUUUAUUGAACAAUGUACAAGGAAUACAUUUAAAUUACAGCAGUGAAUAUUGUUUAAAGAGGUUGCAACAGCUUCACAAAAUGGCACUUCUCCAUCAUAAGUGAACAUUCCUGCCCUAAAUACUUACUCCUUUGCUUGUAAUACUGCUUUUGAAAUUAUUUUUGCAUUGAUGUUUCCUGAUUGUAUUAUUUACACAAAAUUACACAUUUUUUACAGUUUCUGUCAGUAAUGUAACCAUCCUGCCUCCCUUGCCUGUGGCUACUGUGACAACCAUCACAGUCCAAAGUGACUUCUGUACUAUUGCAGGGUAAGUACAAAGCUGUGCAUCUGUAUGUUAUGUAUAUAUUUUUUUCAAUUUUGUAGCUAUUUCCAUUUCCCAGAGACAUGAAAGAAAAUCUUCAAUGGUUCAGCUACGUUUAUUGUGGAACCCUUACUGCAUUUAUGUCUGAUAUAUUCCUCUGCUAUUCAAUAAGAAAAUAAUUCUAUUAUCCAAAUUGCACUCUUUCAAAUGUCUUACAAACUGCUUUAUAUGAAUUUCUCUCACAGGA